GAUCCUCACACUGAGGACAAGGUUCCUGAUUCUGAGGACAAGGUUCAUCACUCUGAAGGCAGGUACCACACUCUAAGGACAAGGUUCCUCAAUCUGAGGACAAGGUUCCUCACUCUGAGGAGAAAGUUCCUCACUCUGAGGACAAGUGUCCACACUCUAAGACGAAGGUUCCUCACUCUGAGGACAAGGUUCCUUACUCUGAAGACAAGGGUCCUCACACUGAGGACUCGCUCUGAGAAGAAGGUGUUUCACACUGAGGACAAUGUUCCUCACUCUGAGGACAAGGUUCCUCACACUGAGGACAAGCUUCCUCACCCUGAGGCCAAGGUUCCUCACUCAGAGGACAAGGUUCCUCACUCUGAGGACAAGGUUCUUCACACUGAGGGCAAGGUUCCUCACUCUGAGAACACGGUUCCUCAGUCUGAGGACAAGGUUCCUCACUCUGAAGACAACGUGCUUCACACUGAGGACAAUAUUCCUCACUCUGAGAACAAAGUUCCUCACUCUGAGAACAAGGUUCCUCAAUCCGAGGACAAGGUUCCUCACUCUGAGGACAAGGUUGCUCACAUUGAGGACAAGGUUCGUCACUCUGAGGACAAGGUCCCUCACUCUGAGCACAACUUUCUUCACACUGAGGACAAGGUUCCUCACACUGAGGACAAGGUUCCUCACUCUGAGGACAAAGUUCCCCACUCUGAGAACAAGGUUCCUCACUCUGAGGACAAGUUUCUUCACACUGAGGACAAGGUUCCUCACACUGACGACAACGUUCCUCACACUGAGGACAAAGUUCCGCACUCUGAGGACAAGGUUCUUCACUCUGAGGACAAGUUUCUUCACUCUGAGGACAAGGUUCCUCACACUUAGGCAAGGUUCAGCACUCUGAGAACAAGGUUCCUCACUCUGAGGACAAGUUUCUUCACACUGAGGACAAGGUUCCUCACACUUAGGCAAGGUUCAGCACUCUGAGAACAAGGUUCCUCACUCUGAGGACAAGUUUCCACGCUAUGAGUAGAAGGUGUUUCACACUGAGGACAAGGUUCUUCAGUCUGCGAACAAAGUUCCGCACUCUGAGGACAAGGUUCCUCACUCUGAGACAAAGGUUCCGCACACUGAGGACAAGGUUCCUCACUCUGAAAACAAAGUUCCGCACCCUGAGGAUAAGGCUCCUCACUCUGAAGACAAGGUUCCUCACUCUGAGGACAAGGUUCCUCACACUGAGGACAAGGUUCCUCACUUUGAGGACACGGUUCCUCAUUCUAAGGACAAGGUUCCUCACUCUGAAGGCAAGGUUCCUCACUCUGCGGACAAGGUUCCUCACUAUGGGGACAAGGUUCCUCACAAUGAGAAGAAGGUUCCUCACCUUGAGAACAACGUUCCUCACACUGAGGAGAAGGUUUCUAACUCUGCGGACCAGGUUUCUCACUCUGAAGACAAGGGUUCUCACACUGAGGACAAGGUUUCUCAUUAUUGGGACAAGGUUCCUCACACUGAGGACAAGGUUCAUCACUCUGAGGAAAUGCUUCAUCACUCUGAGGACAAGGUUCCUAACUCUGAGGACAAGGUUCCUCACCAUGAGGACAAGGUUCCUAACUCUGACGACAAGGUUGCUCACAAUGAGGACAAGGUUCCUCACCCAGUGGACAAGGUUCCUCACUAUGAGGACAAGGUUCCUCAAUCUGAGGACAAGCUUCCUCACUCUGAGGCAAGGUUCUUUACACUGAGGACAAGGUUCCUCACACUGAAGACAAGGUUCCUCACUCUAAAAACAAGAUUCCUCACACUGAGGACAAGCUUCCUCAAUCUGAGGACAAGAUUCCUCACUCUGAGGAGAAGGUUCCUCACUCUGAGAACAAGGUUCCUCACUCUGAGGACGAGGCUCCUCGCUCUGAGGAGAAGGUGCUUCACACCAUGGACAAAGUUCCUUACUCUGAGAACAAGGUUCCUCACUCUGAGGACAAGGUUCCUCACACAGAGUACAAGGUUCCUCACUCCGAGGACAAGGUUCCUCACUCUGAUGACAAGGUUCCUCACACUGAGAACAAGGUUUUUCACACUUAGGACAAGGUUCCUCAUACUGAGAACAAGGUUCCUCACUCUGAGAACAAGGUUCCUCACAUUGAAGACAAGGUUCCUCACUCUGAAGACAAGCUUUCUCACUCUGAGGACAAGGUCCUUCACUCUGAAGACAAAGUUCCUCACACUGAAUACAUGGUUACUCACUCUGACAAAAAAGGUUCCUCAGUCUGAGGACAAGGUUCCUCACUCUGAGGACAAGGUUCCUCACUCUGAGGACAAGGUUCCUCACACUGAGGAAAAGGUUCCUCACACUGUGAACAAGGUUCCUCACUCUGAGAACAAGGUUCAUCACACUGAAGACAAGGUUCCUCACCCUGAAGAGAAGGUUUCUCACUCUGAGGACAAGGUUCCUCACUCUGAGGACAAGGUUCCUUGCUCUGAGAAGAAGGUUCCUCACACUUAGGACAAGCUUCGUCACCCUGAGGACAAGGUUCCUCACUCAGAGGACAAGGUUCCUCACUCUGAGGACAAGGUUCUUCACACUGAGGGCAAGGUUCCUCACUCUGAGAACAAGGUUCGUCACUCUGAGGACAAGGUCCCUCACUCUGAGCACAACUUUCUUCACACUGAGGACAAGGUUCCUCACACUGAGGACAAGGUUCCUCACUCUGAGGACAAAGUUCCUCACUCCGAAGACAAGGUUCCUCACUCUGAGGACAAGGUUUUUCACACUGAGGACAACGUUCCUCACUCUGAGAACAAAGUUCCUCACUCUGAGGGCAAGGUUCCUCAAUCGGAGGACAAGGUUCCUCACACUGAGGACAAGGUUCCUCACUCUGAGAAUAUGGUUCCUCACACUGAGGACAAGGUUCUUCACUGUGUGGACGUGGAUCCUCACUCGGUGGACAAGGUUCCUCACUCUGAAAACAAGGUUCCUCACACUGACGACAAGGUUCCUCACACUGAGGACAAGGUUCCUCCCUCUGAGGACAAGGUCCUCACUCGGAGGAGAAGGUUCCUCACUCUGAGAACAAGGUUCCUCACUCGGAGGACAAGGCUCCUCGCUCUGAGGAGAAGGUGCUUCACACCGUGGACAAAGUUCCUUACUCUGAGAACAAGGUUCCUCACUCUGAGGACAAGGUUCCUCACACAGAGUACAAGGUUCCUCACUCCGAGGACAAGGUUCCUCACUCUGAGGACAAGGUUCCUCACACUGAGAACAAGGUUUUUCACACUGAGGACAAGGUUCCUCACACUGAGAACAAGGUUCCUCACUCUGAGAACAAGGUUCCUCACACUGAAGACAAGGUUCCUCACUCUGAAGACAAGUUUCCUCACUCUGAGGACAAGGUCCUUCACACAGAAGACAAAGUUCCUCACACUGAAUACAAGGUUACUCACUCUGACAACAAGGUUCCUCAGUCUGAGGACAAGGUUCCUCACUCUGAGGUCAAGAUUCCUACCUCUGAAGGCAGGUUCGUCCCUCUGAGGACAAGGUUCGUCACUCUAAGUCAACGUUCCUCACUCUGAAUGCAGAUUCCUCACACUGAGGACAAGGUUCCUCAUUCUGAGGACAAAGUUCCUCCCUCUGAGGACAAGGUUCCUCACACUGCGGCCAAGGUUCCUCACACUGAGGAAAUGGUUCCUCACUCGGAGACCAAGGUUCGUCACUUUGAGGACAAGGUUCUUCACUGUGAAGGCAGGUUCCUCACUCUGAGGACAAAGUUCGUCACUCUGAAGACAAGGUUCUUCACUGAGAAGGGAGAUUCCUCACUCUGCGGACAAGGUUCCCCACUCUCAGGACAAGGUUCCUCACUCUGAGGACAAGUUUCCUUACUCUGAGAAAAAGGUUCCUCGCUGUGGGAAGAAAGUUCGUCACCCUGAUUACAAGGUUCCUCAAACUUACGAGAAGGUUCCUUACUCUGACAACAAAGUUCCUCACUUUGAGGACAAGGUUCCUCACUCUGAGGACAAGGUUUUUCACACUGAGGACAAGGUUCCCCAUUCUGAGGACAAAGUUCAUCACUCUGAGGACAAGUUUCCUCACUGUGGACAAGGUUCCUCACACUGAGGACAAGGUUCCCCACUCUGAGAACAAGGUUCGGCACUCUGAGGACAAGGUUCUUCACUGUGAAGGCAGGUUCCUCACUCUGAGAACAAGAUUCCCCACUCUCAAGACAACGUUCCUCACUCUGGGGACAAGGUUCUUCACUCUGAAGGCAGGUUUCUCAGUCUGAGAACAAAGUUCCCCACUCUUAGGACAAGGUUCCUCACACUGAGUACAAGGUUCCUCACUCUGAGGACAAUGUUCCUCACUCUGUGGACAAGGUUCCUCAAUCUAACGACAAGUUUCCUCACCCGGACGUCAAGGUUCCUCACACUGAGAUCAAGUUUUCUCACUCUGAGGACAAGGUUCCUCACUCUGAGGACAAGGUUCCUCACUCUGAGGACAAGUUUCCUCACUCUGAUGAGAAGGUUCCUCACUUUGAGGACAAGUUUCGUGACUCUGAGGUCAAGGUUCCUCACUCUGAGGACAAGGUUCCGCACUCUGAGGACAAGGUUCCUCACUCUGAGGAGAAGGUUCCUCACACUGACGAAAAGGUUCCUCAUUCUCACAACAAGUUUCGUCACUCUGAGGACAAGGUUCCUCACUCUGAGGACAAAGUUCCUCACUCUGAGGACUAGGUUUCCCACUCUCAGGACAAGGGUUGUCACUUUGAGGCCAAGGUUCCUCACUCUGAGGACAAGGUUCCUGACUCUGAGGACAAGGUUCCUCACUCGGACGACAAGGUUCCUCGCUCUGAGGAAAAGGUUCCUAACCCUGAGGACAAGGUUCUUCACUCUGAACGCAGGUUCCUCACACUGAGGACAAGGAUGCUCACUCUGAAGGCAGGUUCCUCACACUGAAGACAAGGUUCCUCUCUCUGAGGACAAGGUUCCUCACUCUGAGGACAAGGUUGCUCAUUCUGAGGGCAAGUUUCCUCACUGUGAAGUCAGGUUCUUCACUCUGAGGACAAGGUUUCUCAUUCUGAGGACCAGGUUCGUCACUCUGAGUACAAGGUUGCUCACUGUGAAGAAAAGGUUCCUGACUCUGAGGACAAGGUUCGUCACUCUGACGACAAGGUUCCUCACUCUGAGGAAAAGGUUGCUAACCCUGAGGACAAGGUUCUUCACUCUGAAAGCAGGUUUCUCACACUGAGGACAAGGAUGCUCACUCUGAAGGCUGGUUCCUCACACUGAAGACAAGGUUCCCUUCUCUGAGGACAAUGUUCCUCACUCUGAGGACAAGGUUGCUCACUCUGAGGGCAAGUUUCCUCACUGUGAAGUCAGGUUCUUCACUCUGAGGACAAGGUUUCUCAUUCUGAGGACCAGGUUCCUCACUCUGAGUACAAGGUUGCUCACUGUGAAGAAAAGGUUCCUGACUCUGAGGACAAGGUUCGUCACUCUGACGACAAGGUUCCUCACUCUGAGGAAAAGGUUGCUAACCCUGAGGACAAGGUUCUUCACUCUGAAAGCAGGUUGCUCACACUGAGGACAAGGAUGCUCACUCUGAAGGCUGGUUCCUCACACUGAAGACAAGGUUCCUUUCUCUGAGGACAAUGUUCCUCACUCUGAGGACAAGGUUGCUCACUCUGAGGGCAAGUUUCCUCACUGUGAAGUCAGGUUCUUCACUCUGAGGACAAGGUUUCUCAUUCUGAGGACCAGGUUGCUCACUCUUAGUACAAGGUUGCUCACUCUGAGGACAAGGGUGCUCACACUGAGGAGAAGGUUCCUCACUCUGAAGGCAGGAUCCUCACGCUGAGGAAAAGGUUCCUCAUUCUUUGGACAAGGUUCAGCACUCUGAGGACAAGGUUCCUCACUCUAAAGGCAGGUUCCUAACAUCGAGGACAAGAUUUCUCACUCUGAGGAAAAGGUUUCUUACUCUGAGGACAAGUUUCUUCACUCUGAAGGCAGGUACUUCACUCUGACGACAAUGUUCCUCAUUCUGCGGACAAGGUCCCUCCCACUGAGGACAAGGUUCCUCACUCUGAGGACAAGUUUCCUCACUCGGAGAGCAAAUUUCCUCAUUCUGAAGGCAGGUUCCUCCCUUAGGGGACAAUGUUCCUCACUCUGAGGACAAGGUUCCUCACUCUGAGGACAAGUUUCCUCACUCUGAUGAGAAGGUUCCUCACACUGAGGACAAGUUUCGUGACUCUGAGGUAAAGGUUCCUCACUCCGUGGACAAGGUUCCUCACUCUGAUGACAAGGUUCCUCACUCUGAUGACAAGGUUCCUCACUCUGAAGUCAGGUUCCUCCAUCUGAGGACAAGGUUCCGCAUUCUGAGGACAAGGUUCCACACUCUGAAGUCAGGUUCCUCACACUGAGGACAAGGUUCCUCAUUCUGAGAACAAGUUUCGUCACUCUGUGGACAAGGUUCUUCACCGUGAAGGCAGGUUCCUCACUCUGAGGACAAAGUUCCUCACUCGGAGGUCAAGGUUCCUCACACUGAGGACAAGUUUCCACACCCUGACGACAAGGAUGCUCACUCUGAAGACAGGUUCCUCACAUCGAGGACAAUGUUUUUAAUCUGAGGACAAGGAUCUUCACUCUGAGGAUGACGUUCCUCACCCUGAGGAGAACGUUCCUCACACUGAGGACAAGGUUCGUCACUAUCAGAACAAGGUUCCUCUCUCUGAAGACAAGUACCUCACACUGAGGACAAGGUUCCUCACUCUGAGGACAAGGUUCCUCACACUCAGGACAAGGUUCGUCAUUCUGAGGACAAGGUUCCUCACUCUGAGGACAAGUUUCCUCACUCUGAAGGCAGGUUCUGUACUCUGAGGACAAGGUUUCUCAUUCUGAGGACCAGGUUCCUCACUCUGAGGACAAGUUUGCUCACUCUGAGUACAAGGUUGCUCACUCAGAGAACAAGGUUGCUCACUCUGAGGACAAGGUUCUUCACUCUGAACGCAGGUUCCUCACACUGAGGACAAGUAUGCCCACUCUGAAGGCAGGUUGCUCGCACUGAGGAUAAGGUUCCUCACUCUGAGGACAAGGUUCCUUACUCUGAGGACAAGUUUCCUCAUUCUGAAGGCUGGUUUCUCACAUUGAGGACAACGAUGCUCACUCUGAAGACAGGUUCCUCACAUCGAGGACAAUGUUUUUAA